AAGGGGGAUUGAUGUUCUCCAAUUUUGGUCUAGCUGUGGAUUACAUAAUGAAGUCGAUCGGAACAACGGAGUUAAGAAAUUUAUAGAAACCGGUGGGCUCUUUCCAGUUCAUUCUCCGCUCCCACCUUUGCACACCAGUAGCAAGUGGUCUAUUACAUCAGCUACUUCCCGCACCAGAACAUUAACUCAUUGCCAUCAUCUACAUUCUUCCUCAAACAACAUUUUAUUCUAUUCCACCUUUUCUUUUGUGAACAACCACAACCUCUACAGUACUGCUUGUCAAAAGCGACAAUGUCUUUCACAAUCACGAUUCGUGCGGGGCCCGCGCGCUUCGCUUCUAGAUUGCCAGAGCUCACGAAAAGCUCUUUCCGAUCGGCAGCUCCCAUCCGAGCAUUCCAUCAAUCCGCAAGGCCAUCCAACUUCUUCACAUCGCGAACCACUGUCGCAUCAACGCUAGCGCGAUCAACGCCGAAAAAUGCAUUUGCGCAAUCGUCGAGGAGCUACAUCCAGCCGACUGCUGCUCCUGCGGCCGACUCGGGUUCGACGAUGCGUCGGCUGCUUACGGGUGGCGCAAUCUUCGGCGGCACUCUUAUCGCCAUCAAUGCUGUCUUCAACCGCGAGACACGAGAGGACGGUGGAAUGCCGGCAUUUGAGCGAUCUUACCUGAACUCGACCUUCCUCCACACUGGCCUCGGUAUCGGUAUUAUCGGCCUUACUGCGCGACAGAUGAUCCACAGUGGUUUUGUCUACAGAUUGAUGGUGACAAAUCCUUGGGCUGUGGCUAUCGGUGGUUUGGCUCUUAGUUUCGGUACCAUGCUCGGAACUCGAGCCGUUGACCCUGACAACUACGUCCCCAAGUACGCACUGUGGACUGCGUUCAAUGCCACCCAGGCUGCCUUCGUCGCACCUCUCCUCGCAUUUGCGCCUGGUGCCCUGAUCGCCCGUGCCGGCCUUUACACCGUCGCCAUGAUGGGCUCUAUCUCGUUCGUCGGCGCCACCGCUAAGCAGGAGAAGUACAUGUACAUCGGUGGUCCUCUUCUUGCAGGUGCGGCUAUCGUUGCCGUCUCGGGUCUUGCUCCUCUCGUCAUCCCGGUAACUGCCGCCCGAACUUUGGCAUUCACUGAGAACAUCUGGCUGUACGGUGGUCUAGCGGUCUUCGGCGGUUUCACGCUGUACGAUGUUCAGAAGAUCCUAUACCACUCCCGCCUUGCCGAGCAGGGCAUCAUCAAGAAGGACCCGGUUAACGAGAGUAUAUCGCUGGAGUUGGACUUCUUGAACAUCUUCAUUCGGAUGGUUCAGAUCUUGAUGAUGCAGCAAAACCGCAGGAAGUAAAAGGGAUGAAUCAUAUCAAGGACAGGUCACAUAAAAGCUAGGAGGGCGCCAUGACGGUGAACGAA